ACCUAAGGCAUAAAUCAAAAUACCGACUAUACCAUAACCGUAUCAGAAUUCAGAAUAAUCAAAAUCACUCAAUCAGAAUAAUCAGAUGUCUUGAUUGUUUUUAGAUUAAGAAUAAAAAAUGAUCUCUAAGUUGAUGCUUUAAUUAUUUUCACUAAUUCAGUGCUUCAAUACACAAUAGUAACAUGUUCAUAAUUAGUAAUUUUAUUUGUAAUACCUACUAAUGUCUAUAUUAUAGUUUAAAUUUGAAUUUUUAAAUUACAGUUCCUUUAAAUUGAUAUUAAAUUAAGAUAGCAAAGUUUUUAUUUUAAACAAAAGUAUGCUGGUCCAACAGAAUCUAUCAUUGGGUUUCAAAUGAAUUAUGACUUAUUGAAAUAUUGUUGAAACCAUGAAAUUUAAAAAGCAAGUAGAAACAGUUUUACAAAUGAUAAAGGAAAAAGCACAAAACAAAAUUUCUAAAACAAAUAGUUCACGUACCGAAUUAUAUAACCGACUUGCAGUUUAUCGUCCAGAAUACGAUAAAGUUGUUUCAUGGUAUGAACGAGUUACUGGUUUAAGUGAAGUUCGAGUAGCCCAAGAUAGAGUGUUGGAGUCUCAAAAACAAUUUAUGAAAGCUCAAGAUAGAAGAAGAGAUGUAUCAGUAGAACUAAGAACAAUUCAAAAUAAACUAAAAGACCUACGAAAUGAACUUCUUAAUACUUCUAGAGCAGAAGAUAGGUACAUUGAAUUAGUUACACAGGAACAUUCAUUAUUAAAACAAGAAAAUUCUAUCAUUGAUCGAGUUAAUUAUUGUGAAAAAGAUGAAAGAGAUAGUUUCAUAUUGCUAUCUACCACCUUAAAAGACAGUCAUGACCGAGAAAGAAUACAAGCAGAGAGAACUAAAUAUGUAUCAAUUGUUGGCUCGAUUCUUGGUACUAUUAUUGGUAUAAUUGGAAGCACUUUAAUCAAUGCAUGGAAAAUGAAUGAAUUCAAAAGAAUGGUGUUAGAUGCCAAAUUGGAUUCAUCAAAUUUAAAUAAAAAUGAUCAAAUAAAACAUUUAUUAUUACAAGUUGAAAAACAAAAUAAAAUGUUAAAAAAAGCACAGUUAAAGUUAAACUCAGAUAAACUGACAAGUAUCGUAGAGCCAGACUGGAAAUAUACUGAUCGUGAUGUUAUUAUUCUAACAACUAUAAAUUGUACUAUAGUUGCUCUAUCAGCAUAUUUAGUGUCAAAAUUGUUUUAAUCCAUAAUAUUUAAAAUUUGGUUUUUAUUAUUAUUAGUUUUUAUUUUUUAAUAAAUAAUCUCUCCAUUAAGUAUUGAGUUUAUUAAGUGUUACCAAAGUUUUUACUUGUUUUAGUUAUUUAUGUAAUUACUUAUGUAUAUAAAUAUAAUUUAUAUGUGAUAAUAAAGUAAUAUGAUAAUCGUAAACAUUUUCAAAACAAUUGAAAGUAUGAUUUAAAUUUUGAUUGUAACAUAAAUUAAAAUAUACUUUAAUAAGAAUGUAA